GCCUUGGCUAUUUGGUAUAGGUUAAAAGUUUCAGUUGCUCUUGAGAAAACUGUUUAAACGGCAGUAGUAAAGUAAGAUACACCAGCGAAAAUACUAACCAUAGAUAAAAUUAAUGUAAUUCUGAUAUGUGAUAUUAGAGAGCAGGAACCGGAGUAACCUUAAAAAUAUUCAGAAUGGAAUCAAAUCAAAUUUUGAGCCGCACAGUUUCUGAUUUACAAAAUACAAAACGACCAAAGGUUCUUGUAACAUUUCCACAUAUUCCUGAAAUAGGAAUUGAGCUACUGAAAAAUAAAUGUGAUUUAAUAAUAUGGGAUAAGCCAGUUGCAAUACCCCGUGAAGAAUUGAUGAAAAAAAUAGUAGGGGUGGAUGGUGUAUACUGCCUGCUGACUGAUAAAAUUGAUAAUGAGAUAUUGGAAGUCGCAGGACCUCAAUUAAAAGUAGUAGGCACCAUGUCAGUGGGAUAUAAUCAUUUAGAUUUGAAAGCUCUUAAAGCUAGAAAUAUUCAUGUUGGAUAUACUCCUGGAAUUUUAACUAAUGCAACUGCUGAAUUAACUAUAGCUUUAGUUUUGGCUACAUCUAGAAGAUUGUUCGAAGCAAAUGCUGCAAUGCUUAGAGGAGAAUGGACUGCGUGGUCUCCAACCUGGAUGUGUGGACCAGGAUUAAAAGGAUCUACUGUUGGUAUAGUAGGACUGGGAAGAAUAGGAAUUAAAGUAGCUGAAUGCUUAGCUAGUUUUGAUGUUAAAAAGAUUAUAUAUACUAGUAGAACUGAAAAAAAAGAAGCUGCUGCAUUUUGUGGACAGAAAGUUACUUUCAAUGAACUAUUGCAUCAAAGUGACUUUAUUGUGGUGACAACAGCACUCACACCUGAGACUACGAAUUUAUUUAAUGAAGAAGCCUUUGCCAAAAUGAAAAAAACAUCCGUUUUUAUUAAUACUAGUCGUGGAGAAGUUGUAGAUCAAGAUGCUCUUAUUCAAGCACUGAAAAAUAAAACUAUAUGGGCAGCUGGUCUAGAUGUUAUGGUUCCUGAACCUAUACCAUUAGACAGUGAAUUACUUAAACUAAGUAAUUGUGUUAUCCUACCUCAUCUUGGAAGUGCUAAUAUCGAAACCAGAACUAAAAUGGCUAAAAUGACUGCUGAAAAUAUAUUAGCUGUUUUACGUGGUGCACCUGAGGAAAUGCCUUCCCCUCUUAAUAUUGAAUAAACAUAUUACCUAAUCAUUUAAUUUAAAGUGAAAGAAACAAGCCAUACUUCAUUACAUUAACUAAAAUGUAUAUUCAAUAGGUGUCUAAUAAAAACAAUAAUAAAAAUAAGAAAUUAAUGCUUUUGCUAAACACAAUAGUAUGUCAAAGAGUUACUAUAAAAUAUAAAUUUGCUUCUUA